AUGGCGAGGUCUGUAAACAAAAGCGGGCCCCACGCGGGUCCCCGGGAGGGCUGUGAGCGGCGCAGCAGCAUCCCAGCGGCCCGGCCCGCGGUCCGUGCCGACCCCCGCUCUCCUCCCCGUGGGUCCGGCGCCAAGCAGGGCACGGAUCGCCAAGAGCCGGCAGAGCGCCUCCGUGGGCGGCCCCUGGGGCGGGGCCCAAGGAGCGCGUGGGAAACCGGGCUCCAAUUGGUCUGCCUGACGAUCGCUCCGCCUCCUGCCGGCCAAUCAACGACCGUGGAUACAGGAGCGGGGCGUUCGGAGUUGGACUGGAGACUGACAACAGGAGCACGCUGGGUACCCCGCUGCAUCCCGGCCUCGGUGCGCAGCCGGAAGGAUGCCGUGCCACGCGCCCCUGGGCUGCCUUCCCACGCAACUCCCGCGGCGCGGCCUGGGGACCCCUGGGGUCGGCCAAGAAGGCGCGUGUUGGGGAACAGCGACGGAGCCCCUAACAAAGCAGCUCUGGGUGGGCCGAGUGCCUCCGCCUCCUGCCGCAAUAGGUCCGCGAAGCUGCCUGUCACCCUUCAUAGGUGGAGGUGGCCAAUGACGCACAGAGAAGGGGCUCGAGUUGGCCGCGCGCGCGCGCGGCUCGGCAUCGGUGGGAUUGGUCGGAGGUAAAGGGUUUUCCUGCCACCUAAGGCAGAAGGCAGGGGAAGGGAUCGGGGGAGGGGAACAGCCAAAAAAAAAAAAAAAAAAAAAAACCGCUGUACCUAGGACACGUGGUCCGGCUUGGAGGCGUGUGCCUGGCUCUAAGGCUGGCGAGAACUUUUUUACGAGAAGAAACUACUUCCUCCCCGUGGCUGCUGCGGGAUGUUGGCGCCAGCCAGGCUCCAGGUAGGGUGCGGUGGCCUUAACCAGCGUCUGGGAGCCC